GGGAGGGAGAUGCUGGGAGUGGUGCUGUGCUGCUCCUCCUGUCUCUUCACACUCACUCUGCACCUGGGGAGGGGGAACAAGAAGCACUGAGAGAGGGACACCCUGUAGAUUAGGGGAAGAAGAAGGAGAGGCCCUGGGAGUGAGCUACUUAUUGAGCCAGGACUUGUGUGAGUGAUCAGAGCAGCCUGGACCAGCCCCCUGUCUGAGUCUUCAUGCUGCACACAGUCCAUGGCCAGGGAUCCGACAGGGGCAGCUGGCAGCAUGGCACAGCCCGGGCUCCACACAGGGCUCUCCUCUAAACUUUACAGCCUCUUGCCUCCCCUGCUGCUCCUGCAGGUCUGGGGCUGGCUGCCGGCGACCGGACAGUAUAAUGGCGAGAAGGGCAUCUCCAUACCGGACCAUGGCUACUGCCAGCCUAUCUCCAUCCCUCUGUGCACGGACAUUGCCUACAACCAGACCAUCAUGCCUAAUCUCCUGGGACACACCAACCAGGAGGACGCGGGGCUGGAGGUCCACCAGUUCUAUCCCCUGGUGAAGGUCCACUGCUCCCCGGAGCUGAAGUUCUUCCUGUGCUCCAUGUAUGCACCGGUGUGCACAGUGCUGGAGCAGGCUCUGCCCCCCUGCCGGUCUCUGUGUGACCGUGCCCGGCAGGGCUGCGAGGCUCUCAUGAACAAGUUUGGCUUCCAGUGGCCGGAGACCCUACGCUGCGAGAAGUUCCCGGUCAACGGGGCAGGAGAGCUGUGCGUGGGGCAGAACACCACCGAGAACAGCACCCCCACCCCGGUCCUGGCCGAGCUCUGGACCAGCCACCCCAACAUCAGGACCCCUUACCGGGACAAGUUCUCCUGCCCCCGGGCUCUCAAGGUCCCAGCCUAUGUCAACUACCACUUCCUGGGGGAGAAGGACUGUGGAGCCCCUUGUGAGGUAAACAAGGUCCACGGGGUCAUGUACUUUGCACAGGAAGAACUACGCUUCUCCCGCAUCUGGAUUGGGAUCUGGUCGGUUCUGUGCUGUGCCUCCACCCUCUUCACCGUGCUCACCUACCUGGUGGACAUGAAGCGCUUCAGCUACCCAGAGAGACCCAUCAUCUUCCUCUCUGGUUGCUACACCAUGGUGGCCAUAGCCUACAUCGCUGGCUUCCUCUUAGAGGACAAGGUGGUGUGCAAUGACAGGUUUGCUGAGGAUGGCUACAAAACUGUGACCCAGGGCACUAAGAAAGAGGGAUGCACUUUCCUGUUCAUGAUGCUCUACUUCUUCAGCAUGGCCAGCUCCAUCUGGUGGGUCAUCUUGUCCCUCACGUGGUUCCUGGCAGCAGGCAUGAAGUGGGGGCAUGAAGCCAUAGAAGCCAACUCUCAGUACUUCCACUUGGCAGCAUGGGCAGUGCCAGCCAUCAAGACCAUCACCAUUUUGGCUGUGGGACAGGUGGACGGGGAUGUCCUCAGUGGGGUGUGCUUUGUUGGCAUCAACAAUGUGGAUUCUCUGCGUGGAUUUGUCCUGGCCCCACUUUUUGUUUACCUGUUUAUAGGCACUUCUUUCCUCCUGGCUGGGUUUGUGUCCCUCUUCAGGAUUAGAACCAUCAUGAAACACGAUGGAACCAAAACGGAGAAGCUUGAGAAGCUCAUGGUGAGAAUAGGGAUCUUCAGUGUUCUAUACACAGUUCCAGCCACCAUUGUCAUCGCUUGCUAUUUCUAUGAACAAGCCUUUAGGGAACAAUGGGAGAAAAGCUGGGUUAGCCAAAGCUGCAAGACUUAUGCCAUACCAUGCCCAAGUACCCAUCACCCACCUAUGACUCCGGAUUUUACCGUCUUCAUGAUUAAAUAUCUCAUGACCUUGAUUGUGGGCAUAACUUCUGGAUUUUGGAUCUGGUCUGGUAAAACUCUUAAUUCUUGGAGAAAGUUCUACACGAGACUUACAAACAGUAAACAAGGAGAAACUACAGUGUGAUCUUAGCACAUGAUGUACACUGUAUGUUUUUGGCUUUUUUGUAAAUAAGAAGUGUAACAUUUUGUAAGUAUAUUUUGUAUUUAAAUGACAACAGAUCAUACCUUUUUAUGGUAGGAAUGUUCUAACUAAUGUUGUGAUUUUAAGGUUUAUUAACCUUAAACUCCUUUUUUAUUAUUAUUAUUAUUAUUAUUAUUCACAAUGCCAUAUGCUUGAGGAUAAAUGCUUUGGGAAAAAUCUUUAGAAAUAAGAACUUUAUAGCACUUGUAACAGGCUUUAUCUUUAUGCUUUAAUAAAAUACCUCGCUAUUGCCUCACUUCUCUCCCUCCCACCAGCAUAGAAAAUCCAGACCCCUUUUUUCCAAACAAUACAGAGCAGGUUUUUUAUUGAAAAUUUGUAAAGAAGGAUUGUCUCCUGCAAUCAAUGCCUCCCCUCUGCAUUUAAAGUGUUAAUUUUCUAGAUUUUUUUUCCUUCAUACACCCUUGCUAGCUUCCUAUAUAUAUAUAUAUACAGAAAUAAUAAGGAAAAUAUAUAUAUAUAUAUAUAUAUAUAUAUAUAUAUAUUUUAUUUCUGUCAUUUAGGCUUCCCUUUAACUGAAGAAUACUGAUUCUAAGCAGGCCAUAGACUCCAGGGAUAAAAGGGCAACCCAUUAUCAGAAUAUUUGAAGUUUGAAAAUUAAAAAAAAAAUACACUUUGAGAUGUGACUCUUUAUUGAAGAAUGUAUUACGAAGAAAAGUUUAAAAUGGUUUAAAAUGUAUAGGUGGCAGAAUGGCUCUUUUUAAAGGGAUUUAUUCAACAAUCAGGGGAUUAAGAUAAACUGAAACCCAAAUCUGUAAAAUUUACACCAAAACAGUCAGGUUGCAAAUAACUUUGUUUUUCCAAAUCCAAUUUAUUUCUGGGAAAAUUUUGCAAAUUCAGUUUACAAUUAACCACGAUAUUUACCAAAGGGUAUCCAACAUCUGAUUGGUCUAUUGUAGCAUCUUUGGUAUAGCAUCCCAUUAUAGAGUAAAUAUAUGAACUGAUUCUAAGCUCAUAUAGGGCCUACUCAUAGGAAGGCAAAAGUGCAUCAAUUAUGGGACAAAGUCAUGAUCAGAAGAAAAAAUCAUCUUGGUUUCUCUAGUAAGUACUCCUGUAUUUAGCACUUUCCAUUAUAGUUAUUUGAAUUGUUUCAGCCUUUGCUAAAUAUGGCCAAUAGACUCACUCAUGCAACUUUCUUUUCAUAGGUUAUUUUAACCAUUUGAGAUUCCAUAUCAGAUGGGGAUGUGAUAUAUUAAUUUAUGCGGCAUAUAGAGUAUUUUUUUCUUAUGUCACUGGCUUCUUUUAUGGUUAAAUUAUUGCAAAACAAUUGCAUGGUAUCCAAUUUACCAAACAGUCUUCCCUGGCUAUAUAACCAGGUUUGCUAGGAUAGGAUUGGCAAUGGGUUAAUUUAGAAUCUUUUUUUUCAUCCAUCUUACAAAACACUAAAGCAAUGCAUUAUUUUAAAACCCAUUCUUUGCUGCAUACUGAUGUGGGGUGUGUACCAAACCUGCCUGGGGUGAAUAUAUUUUUUUACUGUUUUUAACAUUUGUUAUAAUGCAUAGAUUGGGUUCUGCAUGUAAAAUUUCCCAAUAAAUUGAAUUUAAUAUAUACAAAUUGUUUUUACUAUUAAGCUGCAGCACCCCCCACACCGCAAAAAUGUAUAAAAUCAAGGCAAAAUAUUGCUAUGUAGUCUUCCUGCCACAAUUAAUUAAUAAUAAUAUCAUAACGGAAAACAAAAAUCCCAGGUGAUUGUAAGCAAUUUUUUUUAAGGUUCUUGUUAGUUCACACAUUGGGGAGGCAAUAAACAUUUUUAUAUUGAUUUUUUUUUUUUAAAUAAUACACAUCUUUACUUUUGUUUUGUUUUUAUAUAUAAAUAUAAAUAUAUAUAUUUUAACAUUAUCACACAAGCCAAUUGUGAUUUAUUGGUCAUG